CGAGCAGAGCUGGUGGAGAGAGAUAAACCGCUCCAAUAAAUCUCCACUCCACUUCUGCUUCCGAUCUGAAGAACCCUCGCCUCCUCGCUCGCCGCCGGCCGCCGCUACCGGAGGAGCAGCUGAGCACGGCCGCGAUGCGCGGGCUAGGGUUUAGGCUGCUGCCGCUGCUGCUGCUGGCGCUGGCGGCGGCGGUGGACGCGCGGUUCGUGGUGGAGAAGAACAGCCUGAUGGUCACUUCCCCCACGGCGCUGCGGGGGCGGCGCGACAGCGCCAUAGGCAACUUCGGCAUCCCGCAGUACGGCGGGAGCAUGGCCGGGGCCGUCGUCUACCCCAAGGGCAACUCGGACGCCUGCGACGCCUUCGGCGGCGGCGGCAGCAAGGACCAGCUCUUCCGCACCAAGCCCGGCGCGCUCCCCAGCUUCCUCCUGAUUGACCGCGGACAUUGCCUGUUUGCCAAGAAGGUCUGGAAUGCACAAAAUGCUGGUGCUUCGGCAGUGCUUGUAGUUGAUGACAAGGAUGAACCACUAAUAACUAUGGAUUUACCUCGGGAAGAUGAUGAGGCUGCAAAAUAUAUACAGAACAUAACUAUUCCUUCUGCUUUAAUUGAUAAAAAGUUCGGUGAACAAUUGAAGAAGGCUGUUAAAGAUGGUGAAAUGGUAAAUGUGAAUCUUGACUGGAGGGAGGCUGUCCCACAUCCUGAUGACCGGGUUGAGUAUGAGUUGUGGACAAAUAGCAAUGAUGAAUGUGGGCCCAAGUGUGAUAUGCUCAUGCAUUUUCUGAAGGAAUUUAAAGGAGCUGCACAACUACUUGAAAAAGGUGGUUAUAGUCAGUUCACACCCCAUUAUAUUACUUGGUACUGCCCUCAAGCAUUUGUGGUCAGCAAACAAUGCAAUUCCCAAUGUAUAAACCAUGGAAGGUACUGCGCACCUGAUCCAGAACAAGAUUUUAGUACUGGCUAUGAAGGAAAAGAUGUUGUUGUAGAGAAUUUGCGACAGCUUUGUGUGUUCAAUGUUGCAAAAGAGAUUAAAAAACCAUGGAUCUGGUGGGAUUAUGUGACUGAUUUUCACAUAAGGUGCCCAAUGAAGGACAAGAAGUACAAUAAAAAGUGUGCAGAGACAGUCAUAAAAUCACUAGGUUUAGAUGUGAAGAAGGUUGAUAAGUGCAUGGGAGAUCCAAAUGCUGAUUCUGACCACUUCUUGCUUAAAAUGGAGCAGGAUGCCCAGAUUGGGAAAGGAUCAAGAGGAGAUGUUACCAUAUUACCUACUCUUGUUGUGAACAAUCGACAAUAUCGAGGAAAACUAGAAAGGAAAGCUGUCCUCAAAGCUCUUUGUGCUGGCUUUGAGGAAACUACUGAGCCAAAUGUUUGUCUUAGUGAUGACAUGGAAACUAACGAGUGUCUGAGUGACAAUGGAGGUUGCUGGCAAGACAAAGCUGCUAAUGUAACAGCUUGUAGGGACACUUUUCGUGGGAGAGUUUGUGAAUGCCCAACAUUCAAUGGUGUGCAAUUCAAAGGAGAUGGCUACAGCAACUGUGAACCUGCUGGACCAGGAAAAUGCUUGAUAAACCAUGGUGGGUGUUGGCAUGAAACUCGCAAUGGAAAAACAUUCUCUGCUUGUCAGCAAUCAGGAAAUGGAGAGUGCAAGUGUCCAGCUGGUUUCCGUGGGGAUGGUGUUAAAAAAUGUCAUGACAUUGAUGAGUGCAAGGAGAAAAAAGCUUGCCAGUGUCCUGAUUGCAGCUGCAGAGAUACAUGGGGUAGCUAUGAAUGUACUUGCAGUGGAGACCUUCUGUACAUCAAGGAGCAUGACACUUGCAUAAGUAAGACAGCAGUUCAGGCUAAAGCAGCAUGGGCUGCCGUGUGGGGCAUCUUGGUAGCGUUGGCUGUUUUGGCAGCAGGAAGCUAUGUGGUAUACAAAUACAGAUUAAGGUCAUACAUGGACUCCGAGAUCAGAGCUAUCAUGGCACAGUACAUGCCACUGGACAGUCAAGGAGAGGUCACAAAUCAUUCACAAGAAGAUCAUCCAUAGAAGCGUGCGCACAUCGUUGAACCUGUACGACUGACAGGCAGAAACGCGAAGCUCGAGCUGCGAUGAGAUACUAUAUAGAGAUGUAUUCGGAGGUGAAUGGCAGCUAGAUUUCAGAGUCGGCAUGAAUUGUGUGCCUACUCAUUUAUCUGGAGCACUUUCACCAUAUGUUUCGCAGUAAGCUCCGUUUAUGCAGGUGCACCUCUGUAGGACUGUAGGCUAUGGAUGUUUUGGUGUGGUGUGUGCGAUUGUAACAUACGAUUAGAUAAUGUAAUUACCUUAAAGGAACCAUUUGACAGUGCAUGUGGAAUGUGGCAUCUGCUCUAUGUA